UUUUCAUCUUCGGGCUGUAGCUCGGGCUGCUCGUCGGCUCGGCCUCCCCCUUUCUGCUCUCUGCCUCGCUUUUCCCCAGGACUUCGCUAUUUUGCUUUAAAAAAAAAAAAGGCAAGAAAGAACUAAACUCCCCCCUCCCUCUCCUCCAGCCGGGCUGCACCUCUGUCUUGCACUUUGCACGGAGGGAGAGAGAGCGCGCGCGAGAGAGAGAGGAAAGAAAAAAAUAAAAAGAGCCAGGCAGAAGAGGAGGCGAGAAGCAUGAAGUGUUAACUCCCCCGUGCCAAGGCCCGCGCCGCCCGGACAGCCGCCCGCCGCGCCUCCAGCCCCGAGCGGCCGCCGCGCGCGCCCCGCCUGCAGCCCCGGGCCGGCGAGGCGAGCCCUCCUUAUGCAAAGCGCGCAGCGGAGCGGCGAGCGGGGGACGCCGCGCACCGGGCUGGGCUCCUCCGGCUUCGCCGCCGCCGCCGCCACCGCAGCCCGCGGAGGACCUUCCCGAGCCUGAAGCCGCCGGCUCGGCGCGCACGGAGGCGAGCAGGCGAGGAGGGGCCGGGGCGAGCGAGCGAGCACAUUGGCGUGAGCAGGGGGGAGGGAGGGCGGGCGCGGGGGGCGCGGGCAGGGCGGGGGGGUGUGUGCGCGCUCGGAGGUUUCGGGCCAGCCACCGCCGCGCGAGCUAGAAGCGCCCCAGCCCGGCAAGCUGGCUCACCCGCUGGCCACCCAGCACAGCCCGCUGGCCCCUCUCCUGCAGCCCAUCUGGCGGAGCGGCGGCGGCGGCGGCGGCGGCAGGAGAAUGGCAUCAGAACUGGCAAUGAGCAACUCCGACCUGCCCACCAGUCCCCUGGCCAUGGAAUAUGUUAAUGACUUCGAUCUGAUGAAGUUUGAAGUGAAAAAGGAACCGGUGGAGACCGACCGCAUCAUCAGCCAGUGCGGCCGUCUCAUCGCCGGGGGCUCGCUGUCCUCCACCCCCAUGAGCACGCCGUGCAGCUCGGUGCCCCCUUCCCCCAGCUUCUCGGCGCCCAGCCCGGGCUCGGGCAGCGAGCAGAAGGCGCACCUGGAAGACUACUACUGGAUGACCGGCUACCCGCAGCAGCUGAACCCCGAGGCGCUGGGCUUCAGCCCGGAGGACGCGGUCGAGGCGCUCAUCAGCAACAGCCACCAGCUCCAGGGCGGCUUCGAUGGCUACGCGCGCGGGGCGCAGCAGCUGGCCUCGGCGGCCGGAGCCGGCGCCGGCGCCUCCCUGGGCGGCAGCGGAGAGGAGAUGGGCCCCGCCGCCGCCGUGGUGUCCGCCGUGAUCGCCGCGGCCGCGGCGCAGAGCGGCGCGGGCCCGCACUACCACCACCACCACCACCACCACGCCGCCGGCCACCACCACCACCCGACGGCCGGCGCGCCCGGAGCCGCGGGCAGCGCGUCCGCCUCGGCCGGUGGCGCGGGCGGCGCGGGCGGCGGUGGCCCGGCCAGCGCCGGGGGCGGCGGCGGCGGCGGCGGCGGCGGAGGCGGCGGGGGCGCGGCGGGGGCGGGGGGCGCCCUGCACCCGCACCACGCCGCCGGCGGCCUGCACUUCGACGACCGCUUCUCCGACGAGCAGCUGGUGACCAUGUCGGUGCGCGAGCUGAACCGGCAGCUGCGCGGGGUCAGCAAGGAGGAGGUGAUCCGGCUGAAGCAGAAGAGGCGGACCCUGAAAAACCGCGGCUAUGCCCAGUCCUGCCGCUUCAAGAGGGUGCAGCAGAGACACGUCCUGGAGUCCGAGAAGAACCAGCUGCUGCAGCAGGUCGACCACCUCAAGCAGGAGAUCUCCAGGCUGGUGCGCGAGAGGGACGCGUACAAGGAGAAAUACGAGAAGUUGGUCAGCAGCGGCUUCCGAGAAAACGGCUCCAGCAGCGACAACCCGUCCUCUCCCGAGUUUUUCAUGUACCCAAGGGAAUCCUCUGCAUCAGUGAUGUGAAAAAUCCUGUUGCCUGAAGUCCAAGAGAUGUUCCUGACAUUGGCUAAGACCCAUCUGGAUGCAACCAAGCCUCACUGAGCUGCCUCGGGGCAGGGCAGAUGGGAUGCAUACAUAGGGGAGAGGCCCUUUGUAGCUUUCCUGUCACCCAAGGGAGAAGCUGAUGGAACUUGUAUAAACAGCACUUCCUGGGUGCCAAGUACCUGUCCAUUUUUUUUUUUCUAGUCUUACAAUUAGCCGAGUGGAUGUGUUUUAUCCUGACUGUACCAGUGCCGAUAUGAAUUCAAACAAAUGUAGGGAAGGCUUUAUUAUUUUAUGAACUGGGGUAAAAACAAAAAGCAUAGCGAAAGUACUAGGAAAUCUUGUUUCUACUUUGUACAACUUGUCCUACGUGUUGCCCACCAUCAUUCAGAAAUAAAAUGCAAGCAUGACUUCCCAAUGCCCAGUGUCGGUGGAUGUGGGUGCCUUAGCACAGCUAUUUAAUUCAAACAUAAACUUCAAGACAUCGUAACUGUGUUUCCCUUGCAGAGUCCACCAAAAUAUUUUAACAGAAAUAGUGAAUCAGGGGUCCUCAUGCAAAGGAUAUGUGAAAACACAAGACUGUAAGGUUUGAUUUCUUGGUGCCUCCAUUUGAAAAGCCCAGGUGAGAAGAGCGGCUGGUCUUGAUCCUGUCUUCACUGCAGCCCCCUUGGGGCUUCUAAAUACUCAGAUUUUAGAGUAAAGCCCCCGUCCCCCAAGACAGCAAGGAGUAGAAUGCUGUCUUGCAUGCAGAUUUGGAGCGUGGACCAGUCCAUCACAAGUUCCAUGAGUAUGUCUUAAGCAAACCACAUCAGUGUGUUUUUGACACUGAGAAAAUAAGGGGAAAUAAUUCCGUUUAAAGUGUUUUAUUACUCGGACUUACCUUACCUAAUGGUUUGUUGUUGUUUCUUGUUUAUUUAGAUUAUGCUCCCAUCUAACCACCACGACACCCUCUUGCCAUAGAAGGCUGCCUAAUGUUUUUCUUUCUGUGGGCACUGGCUCACUAGUGAGCUGAUUCAAUCAAUUAAGUAUAGCAGAGAAGGUACAGAGUAACUGGCCUAAGGAUGCCACAUGAACUCAUAUUAUUUGCAGUCAACUCUAAGAUACUAUUGAAGGAGCUGACUUAAAGAAACAUUACGCAUUUGGGGGGAAAAUAAAGGAAGAAGGAAUUUUUGCAAAUGUGUAGCCCUCAUUACUUAAAACACAAUGAUGCUUCUGGAAAGAGCUUUCCUUCUGAAAGCACACAUUCAGUCACCUGCCAAAAUCUCAGAUUGACUGUGGCCGCUCACGGAUGCCAAUGCUGAAACUCUUUUCACCUGCCACUUGCUGAGUCUUUCAUUUCCUCAAUCCAAAAAUUACUGUAAAGUUGUCGUUUAGUGUCUGCAUUUUUUGUUUGUCCUGGCGUCUAAUGAAAUUAUCAGCAAUAAAUGAGCUAAGCCGAA